UUUGCCCCAUACUCCAUAGCAAAGUUAAGUCAACUCUUGUAAUUCUUGAGAGCGUAAUGGCUUCACAUCUCAACUCGAACAUGUCUUGUGGCUUGAAAGUGGAGACCAAAGACCCUGAAUGGCAUAGGACAUUAACCAAAGUGCUGAAAAGAAUCAAAGGGGUUAGUUACGCCAUAGAUGUUGAACAAGGCAUGGCAUACAUCAGAGGUAGAGUGGAUCCAAACAAGCUGCUGAAAAAGUUAUCAAAAGGAGGAAAACAUGCAGACAUAUGCUGGGUCGAGACAGGAAACAUGAAUCCUUACAUGAACAAUGGCUACCAGUAUCCCCCCCCAGGAGGCUACCAUCAGCCAGGGCCAGCAUAUCACCAAGGCUAUCACCCAGGUUAUGCCAUGCCCAGUUACUAUCCGAAGAGACCACCCACUUACUAUGGCUAUGGCUCCGCUUAUGGCUAUGAUCCUCGCAGCUAUGUUUAUCCUACCUGGGCUUAGAGUUUGUCUUUAUAGAUAGAUAGAUGGAUGGAUGCACGUGGUGACUACUGUUUUUAUCUAGUCUCCUUUGUAGCAGGUUGAUGCUGCAUGUGCGUGGACCCAGUUGGUUUUGUUUUUUGUAGUGGCACAAACGAAUGGCCCAUGGUUUUUUAUGCGGCUCCUUCGGCCAUUAUUUCGUAUUCAUGCCAGCUUCAUAUUUCGUAG